AUGCCUUCCGUUGCCUUAUUGAACCCUUUAAAGAAUGAAAAAAUUUCUUCCUCUACUUCCAAGGGAUCAAAAUUAUGGAAUCUAUUCAAGCAAAUAAUUGACACCGUUAUUACACCUUCAUACCGAGAUGAUAGUAAUACAUCCAUUAAAAAUACGCCUAAAGUUUUAGAAAAAGAUACUAUCAGCAAAGUAUCCAUCCCAGAACAUAAUAUCAGGAACGUUACCCAAGGAAAGUCCGAGGAGCUAGAAGAACGACAAUAUUCAAAAACUGAUAAUACUUCUACCAACCGAGACUCAGAUAAUAAUGAUGAUGAUGACAACAACAGCAACAACAGCAACAACAGCAACGACGAAAAUUUAAUAUAUUCUUUAUUUCCUAAAAAAAUCAUAAUUGAUAAGAAUCUAGAUUCGGAAACAUCAAUAAAUCCAUGUUCCUUGGAUAUGACUAAGACAACAUCUUCAAUGACAAUGACUUUAACUCCACAAGGCAAUAUUACAUGUGAUUUGAGCACUACAAACUUUAAUGACCUAGACUUCAAUAGAGAGCCUUCUACUUUCAAUAUAAACAAUAAACAAACACAAGUACCACCACGACCACCGCAACAACAACAACAACAUGUGGUACAACCGAUUUCUCCUGAAAGUAAUGAUUCCCCAGCAAAUAAUAAGAAGAAUAAAACUGCCGCAGCAGCAACACUUGUGCAUUCUCCUUCAUCUUCAUCAGAUAAGAAUAUCAAUAAUAGUACUGAAAAUGGUCACUUAUCCACCUCAACAUCUUCCUCACCUUUAGUGGAAGAUACUGAAGAGGAGGGAACAUUUGUAUGUCAUUAUUGUGAUGCCAAAUUUAGGAUAAGAGGUUAUUUAACUCGACAUAUAAAGAAGCAUGCUAUUGAAAAAGCUUAUCAUUGUCCCUUCUUUAAUAACGACGCAUUACCAGAAUUACGUUGUCAUAAUUCAGGUGGAUUCAGUAGAAGAGAUACUUAUAAGACUCAUUUAAAGGCAAGACAUUUCAUUUAUCCAAAGGGAGUUAAACCUCAAGAUCGUAAUAAAUCAUCAGGUCAUUGUUCUCAAUGUGGUGAAUUCUUUAAUAGUACUGAUAUUUGGAUUUCAAAACAUCUGGAGUCAGGUAAUUGUAAAGCUUUACCAAAGGAUUAUUUGAAAAUCAUUAAACCUGAAAGGAAGAAAACAGGGAAAUUGAAAAUGAUAAAAACUUCAACCGGUCAUUCUCGUUUCAUUUCAACAGCUCAAAGUGUUGUGGAACCAAAAGUUUUCUUAAAUAAAGAUGCCUUAGAAGCAAUGGCUAUUGUAGCACAUGAUACGAAUAGGAAUGAUGUACUUCUAAACUAUGGUAAUAAUAAGCUAAUGAUGAAUACUGAAGAUUUCCAAGGCGAAGCGAAAUUGAAAAGGAAAACUAAUAGAACUGCAAAGAAAAUACAACAGAACAAAUCACUACCAAAUCAUACAAAUAUCAUCUCUAGCCACAGUACUAAUCAAAACAAUAAUAAUAAUGUGAAUACACAUACACAUACCAAGAACGGUGGUUAUAAUCCAUUAUUUUUCAAUGGUACAUCACAGCAAGAUAUCAAUCUACUUGAAACUAUCCCAUCAUCUUCAUCAUCAUUGUCAUCAGCAGAAAGUUUUAGAUUGAAUCAUUAUAAUCUAACGUCAUCUCAAUCACCAGUUUUAGAGAAUCAUCUUCUUUCUUCUUCUGAUUCUCAUCAAACGAAUACAUACGAUGAUGAUGAUACGAUUUCUGUUGUGCCGUUAGAUAUGGAACAAUCACCAUAUAUAUCCAUAACUGGAACAAACACAAAUAAUAUAACGCAGCAUCCUAAUGUGGAUAAAAACGUUCAAAAAUUGCAAUUUAAUCCCGUAAUAAUUAAUGACAGGCAUAUAAAGGAAACGCAACAAUAUUUGAACUUUUAUAACUAUUCUUCUGGGUCAAAUUUAUGA